AUGCAAUACAAGGAUCAUACAGGUAAUAGGAAAAGAUAUAUAAGUGGGAGUGAGAGGAACCACUACACACAUCAAGAAUUGAAAGAUAAUAAUUGCAGAGAGAGUGCGCAAAGUUACGACUGGGAUAAUUCAUUUGGAGGAUUUGAUAACCGUUGGGAUGAUGAGGUUGAGCAGAGGAGUACCUAUAGUUCCAGGAGUUGUUCAAGUUUAGGAUAUAAGAAAAGAUUUGAUUAUGAUGUCUGGUUAUCUGAACAGAUCAGAGUCACCGAACGAGUUGUCCAAAUAACUAAUAAUGAAUACUCAACAAUGAAGAAACUGACAAAAUCGCGUCUUCAGCCUAAUUUUCGUUAUACUAAAGAGCCUGUGCGUUCAGUCGAUUACAUUAACAAAAUAAGAUUUUGUUCUGCGAGUGGAGCAAUCAAUGAGGUCAAUGAAAAGUACGAUCUGGUUGAUCUGGUCUCAUCUCCCGAGUUCCAUAAGGAAGCACAGUCAUGGAAAGGAAUCAAACAGCUCAAAGUCGGAAGAACUUUCAUCGAAAAGAGCCUAGCGAAAUUCAAGCACGGUUUCAGCAAGUCAUCUACUCAAAUAUACAAUGACAUCUGUGUUCUCGAUGAAAGUAGACGGACUGAUCCUUUGAAGCAGGCCAUCUUUUUUGUACAGAGUAAUAAGUAUUGCCAAGAGGACAUCGACUACUUCUACGAAUCUAUGGUUAAUCCUGUCCAGAAAGAACUUUAUGAUUCUGAGAUAGUACUCGAGGUUCCUGAUGCCAAAUAUUCGAUAUCGCUGAAAGCAGGUGGCGUCGGACACAUCAAUGGUUAUCCCGUCUGCGAUGAUUUGUCUUGUAUACAUGUAAGUAAUGAGGAGCUUGACGAGGUUUAUAGCAAACUACUCGGAACAAUAGAUGGGUUUGUAUCGUUGGCAAAAAUACCCAAGAUGGAGAUAGAAAGAUACUUGGAUAUGAAUGGCACUCAGCUUCCCGAUUCAUGUUAUCAUGUGUUUUUCUCCUCCCAAAAGCAUUGCUUGAGUGCGCGAAAAAACCAUAAAGAUAUGAUGCCUUAUUUGGUGUGUGACAAUAUGAUUGGACAUUCUCAAAGUAUUGAACUAGCCAUGGACAUCAGGUGGUACGUUCGACCAUUCCAAGGAAGAGCUCGGCUGACUAUUCGAAACCCUGAUGAAUUGAUUUUUACAAUAGAAGUGCUGAAACUUCAUAACAUCAAUGCCGAGUUUCUAAUUGAAGAUGAUAGAACUGUUUACGACCAGCUGGAUUUGAAAUGGGGUGGGGGUUUGCGUGAUACUGCUGCACACGACGAAAAAGUAUUCGCGACCAUUAUCAGAAAGGCUUUACGUCUCAAUCGCAUCUCCAUCAAAGAUUUCACUAUGGAGAGGGAAAAUGCAAGAUAUUAUAGCAAGAGGCAUCUAGUGAGAAGGAUUCAUCAACGAUUAGUGAGAGCUGCCAUCAACUCAGACUGUUGGAACCGUAAAAUUCCUAUUGAAGAUGAGGAUUGGUAUGAGCUUUUUGACGACAGUCAGUCAUUACCUUGGCAUAUCACUAUUGGUCAUGAAUUUCCCUUCCAGGAAUGCUUGGAAGGCUAUGCUUCGAUUGUAUUCACGGAUAACUUCGAAAUGGCUGAAAAACUGAUGUGCUUCCUGUUGGAAAGGUCUCCAGAUAAGGAUACAUUCACUCUCAACCCUAUGGAUAAGCUUGGGGCAAGAUUUUUCCCGUGUUAUCGCUCGUUCCGAUAUAUGCCAUUGAAUAUCAGAGCAGCUUGUCAUACCAAAAUCUUAGAGUUGGACGAGAAAUGGCGAACACAAUCAGAUAGUGAUCACUUCAAUUGGCUGAGAUUGCGGGAUCAUGGAACUAAUCGAGAAGAGUGUAGGCUGACUGUGGAAGGGUGGCCCAUAAAGAGUGUCAUUGCCGCAUCCAAGGUAUUGGAUGAAAUGUGUAAAGGUUUAGUCAUUGACUGCUCAUCUGAAGGCCGAGAAGUUCUUUUCACAGAUUUUGGCGACGCCUUCGUGUACAAUUUGAACGAUAAGUAUAAUGGAGCAAUCGUUUUUCUGGUAGACCGUCUCAAUAUGAAAAUCACUUUAUACGGUGAUGACAUUAAAACUAGAAACAUAGUCGAGCAGCUUCUCCUUUUCGUAGAGAACUGGCACAAUUACUUCAUUGAAACUCCGCUGGUUAUAGACAGGCCUAGAUAUUUUCCUCAGCUCAAGAAUACUAUCUGCAAUUUGAGUUGUUCUGCUACUGAUGAGAAAAACGGCGGCGGAAGGUUUUGGCCUUUGUCUGACUCUACCCACCUUUUCAGAGGAGAAAUACAUAGCUUCUUAGAGUUGGUUGACCUUUUGGAAACACUCCAAGACACUGUAGAAGAUGUGUACUUCAACAAACGUUCUUUCCGACCCAUUUGUCCCGUUUGCUUCAUGAAAGUUGAUAUGUUUUGUAACUAUCAACUCAGCAUUUGUGGGGAUUACUAUUGUCUACCUUGUUUAGCUCGAAUGAUCAAGCAUUACAUCCAAAGUCGUGAACUACCCAUAGCAUGCUGUGAGCCUUCGUGUCAAGUUCCAAUUGCAGUAGAAGAUAUAAUGUUCCUGUUGAUCGGCAAUAUGAAAAUGCCAACUAGGUUCGUGUAUGAGAAGUUCCAGCCUCUUAUACAAUCAAUACUUGAUGUCAAUCUGGUUAUGAACCCCCAUCUGAAACCUUGUUCAACACCUGAUUGCAUUGGAAUCAACGUUUUAUCAAGUAUACCUGGAUCUACGUGCGUUUGUAGUAGAUGCGGAGCUAUACGUUGUGGCCAAUGUUGUGAGAAUGUACAUGAUGGUUUCAGCUGUGAAUAUUACAAGAAAAUAGCAGGUGAUGUUCAACUAUCGAUCUCAGAAUUCAAGAAAUCAAAAGGAAAAUCUGUUCGAGAUUGUCCAAAUAUUUUAUGCCAAGCGGUGAUUGAAAAAAGCGCUGGAUGUAAUCAUAUGCAAUGCCAUUAUUGUAGAACUCAUUUCUGCUGGCUGUGUCACUACUGUAGUGAUUGUCAGAAAAAUGUAUACAUUCAUUUGAACGAAGUUCAUGGUGGUGCUGGUGGUGGAUGGAGAGUUGAAAAUAAUAUGAUAGUUGAGUUUCCGGAUGACAUUGCCGAAGAUGUUCUUAUUGCUGCUGCGCUCGAAAAUGCGCAAGAGCUUUGA